AACUUGCUCGUCAUAAAUAUCUACGUUGUUCCCUUUUAUGGUCUUUAAGAAACGUCGGUAAUUUUUUCUAAUUAUUCCCAGAAACUGGUUUAGCAUCCACCCUGUAUCUUAAGCGAAUAUGACGGGCACGCGCACAUGGUUUCCCUGGUAACUCGCGCCUGCGUUGGCGUUCCCGAAAAAAGCGAAGAAGACCGUGGCGCGCGUCCGUGCGGCGCGCUCCCGUGAAGACAGCGCGAGGAGAGAGACUUCAAGAACGGGCAAGGAAACGGAACACGGAGAGAGAGAGAGAGAGGGAGAGAGAGAAAAAAAUCAGGAAAAUGCGCCCGGAGGGUAAAUGAAGGAUGUUUCCUUCCUUCGGAAAAACGACCGUAUGAAUAUUGCUUGAAGUGUCGUAAGGGGGGAAUCUUAAAGAGCUGCGUAGGAUUACGGUUUAGUAGUGCAAUAGAGCCGGGUAUAUUUUUUGGGGGAAUGAAAAUAUCAGGAAUGGAGGCUUUCAUAGUAGUUCACCAGAGCAGGACAGAAGAUUUGACACGAGGACUAAACAGCGAAUAAACACCCAGUUCUGAAAAGGAAUACAGAACGUGUGUGUGUUUUGUUUUGGGUUUUUUUCUGUUUUUAUUUUUGUUUUUUUUUGUGUUUUUGUUUUUUUAUUAUUUUUUUGGCCACGUAGCCCCUCCUUCGUGGCCGAUGACAAGAAUACGAGUUGAGGGCCUGAAGGACGGAGGCGCGUGCUGAGGGAAAGUGAUUGUCAGCAUCUGUGUGUUCUCACAAACCAUGUGGCCAACAGCGCAGAGGAAUCGGCUUUCAGUGGUCUGGCCUGGAUGCCGUGCCACCGGGCUGUGGAUAUGGUUGUUUUGCUCAGUUUUGGCAUUGGCACGGGCGCAGAGCUACUACCCCACAGUGAACACACAUUACGGGAAGCUACGCGGUAUGCGUGUUCCACUUCCCAGUGAGAUCCUGGGCCCUGUGGACCAGUACUUGGGCGUGCCUUACGCCGCACCACCAGUGGCUGAGAAGCGGUUCCUGCCCCCCGAGCCACCUUCGUCAUGGUCAGGCAUCAAGAAUGCCACACACUUUGCGCCCGUGUGCCCACAAAACAUCCACAACGCCGUGCCUGAGAUCAUGAUGCCCAUCUGGUUCACUUUUAACUUGGAUAUAGUUGCCACUUAUAUACAGGAGCAAAAUGAGGAUUGUUUGUACCUCAACAUAUAUGUGCCAACUGAAGAUGUCAAAAGAAUAUCCAAGGAAUGUGCCAGAAAACCCAACAAGAAAAUAUGUAGAAAAGGAGGGGCCCAUGCUAAAAAACAGGGUGAAGAUUUAGCAGAUAAUGACGGCGAUGAAGAUGAAGACAUACGAGACACCGGUGCCAAACCUGUGAUGGUCUACAUUCACGGAGGCUCCUACAUGGAGGGCACAGGCAACAUGAUCGACGGCAGCGUGUUGGCCAGCUACGGCAACGUCAUCGUCAUCACACUCAACUUUCGGGUCGGUGUCUUAGGGUUCCUGAGCACGGGUGACCAGGCCGCUAAAGGUAAUUACGGCCUCCUGGAUCAGAUCCAGGCCUUGCGCUGGAUCAGCGAGAACAUUGGCUACUUUGGUGGUGAUUCUAACCGCAUCACAGUCUUCGGAUCAGGCAUCGGUGCUUCAUGUGUGAGCCUGUUAACCCUGUCCCAUCACUCAGAAGGUCUGUUCCAUCGUGCCAUCAUCCAGAGCGGCUCAGCACUAUCCAGCUGGGCUGUCAACUACCAGCCUGUGAAAUAUACGCGUCUGCUCGCAGAGAAAGUGGGCUGUAAUGUGCUGGAUACCAUGGACAUGGUGCACUGCCUGAGGAAGAAGAAUGCCCGUGAGCUAGUAGAGCAGGACAUUCAACCUGCACGCUACCAUGUGGCCUUCGGGCCAGUGAUUGAUGGUGAUGUGAUCCCAGAUGACCCUGAGAUUCUCAUGGAGCAGGGCGAGUUCCUCAAUUAUGACAUUAUGCUGGGCGUGAACCAGGGUGAGGGCCUUCGCUUUGUGGAAAAUGUCGUGGACUCUGAAGACGGCGUCUCAGGCAACGACUUUGACUUCUCUGUGUCUGACUUUGUAGACAGUCUAUAUGGCUACCCAGAGGGGAAAGACACUCUGAGGGAGACUAUCAAGUUUAUGUACACUGACUGGGCUGACCGAGAUAAUCCAGAAACACGGCGCAAGACCCUCGUCGCACUCUUUACUGACCAUCAGUGGGUGGAACCAUCGGUGGUGACGGCUGACCUGCACGCUCGCUACGGCUCACCCACCUAUUUCUAUGCCUUCUAUCACCACUGCCAGAGUUUGAUGAAACCUGCCUGGUCAGAUGCGGCACAUGGAGACGAAGUACCCUAUGUCUUUGGUAUCCCCAUGAUCGGGCCUACGGACCUGUUCCCCUGCAACUUCUCUAAGAAUGAUGUUAUGCUCAGUGCCGUGGUUAUGACCUACUGGACUAACUUCGCCAAGACUGGCGACCCCAACAAGCCGGUGCCCCAGGACACUAAGUUCAUCCACACAAAAGCCAACCGCUUCGAGGAAGUGGCCUGGUCCAAGUACAACCCUCAGGACCAGCUGUACCUGCACAUCGGCUUGAAACCACGUGUUCGUGACCACUACCGUGCUACUAAGGUGGCUUUCUGGAAGCAUCUGGUGCCACAUCUGUACAACCUGCAUGACAUGUUCCACUACACAUCAACCACAACUCGAGUGCCACCCCCUGAAACCACGCAGAACUCACUUGCCACCAAGAGGCCUAAUGGCAAAGCCUGGCCUUUCAACACCAAGCGGCCACCCAUGUCACCAGCUUACAACAGCGAGAGCGGCACAGAACGGCGGAACAGUGCAGACACCGAUGAAACCGGACCAUUGCUCGUCGAGAAUGCACGCGACUAUUCAACCGAGUUGAGUGUCACUAUCGCUGUGGGAGCCUCUCUACUCUUUCUCAACGUGCUCGCCUUCGCUGCACUUUAUUACCGCAAGGACAAGCGGCGCCAGGAGCAGCGACCACAGGGCAGCCCACCUCGCGCAAACGCCAACUCCAAUGUCAACGGCACCAAUGUCGAGGAUGAGAUUGCAUCACUGCAAGUGAACCAGUGUGACGCCACACCAGCUGGAGAGGCACUGCCGCUCACCGCGCUUCCCGACUACGCGCUGACUCUGCGCCGCUCACCUGAUGACAUCCCUCUCAUGACGCCCAACACCAUCACCAUGAUCCCCAACUCGCUGGUGCCCAUGCCCAACCUGCACCCAUAUAACACCUUCACAGCCGGCUUUGGCACAACCGGUCUGGCCCACUCACACUCCACCACCCGUGUAUAGCUUUAAGGAGGGUGUAGAAGAGUAUUGGGUUUUGUACGAAUAUCACAGUCAUGGAAGAGAAAAAAUAAAAAAGAAAGAUUUUGAAUAGACAUUUUGUCACAGGCAGUUGCUUUCUGAAUGUCGAUUCAGUUCGAUCAGUUGUGAACUACUCCAUGUUCCCUUCCAAUGGGACGAGCAAUUCGAGCAGUAUUUUUUUCUAAUAAUCAUUUUAAAAAUGGGGGGGACAACCUUUUUAAGAAGACUGGGCAGUUAUUGGCAACACUUUUUUUGAAUAAUUAACAAAAAUGAAGAAAAGUGCUUUUUAUUUCCCAUUUCGUUCUCGUGUGGGAAACACAUUUCAAAAACAAUGGCCUCUCAGAUGACAUCCGCAUAAUACGUGUUGCUUUUUUUCUCAUCAAUGCCUUACACGCCAGCUUGAGUUUUAGUUUCGUCCUUUUUAUCUUUCAGUGACAUGAGCGUACCUGGAACUUAUUUAGCCUGAGCGGUUGGAUUCAUGAAAAAUCAGAAAGAGACAUGUUGAAAAUGUGUAGAGAAUUGAAGCAGUCCAGACCAGCUUUUUCAGUUGCAUAUACUCAUACAUGGUUUUACCUUUUUUUCCUUAUUUCCAGUAACAAUAAUUUGUCUGAUCCCGACUCUGUCGUGAGACAAGACUGAAGAUACAGACUUUACUGUGAGUGUUUUGUUAAGAGAAAAUUGCAUAUUUUAUGACAAAAUGAACUAUCUUCAUGAAAUGCACACUUACACACGACUGUGCGUCUGUAUGUGUGUGUGUGUGUGUGUGUGUGUGUACAUUUACCCUAUUUUUUUGGUUGAACAUUGUGUCUUUGGGGUGGGACAAGGAGGGCUUCUUUACCAUGCUGAUGAUUUUCACCGGUAGUGUUUGAGCUGCACCUCUGCAAAAUAGCACUUUUUUUUGUUCUUUUAAAAAGAAGUUAUAUAUGUCUAAUUUUGCUUAAGAAUUACAAAAAUAAAUAUAUUAUUUUACAUGUAAAAGAAAAAAAUAGCUUAAUAUUCAACUGAACUAACUGACAUGAUUCCACUGACUUUGUAAGGUUCCUCCCAGCAGGAGACGGUGGCCUGUUUACACUGAAUAACAUUAGUUCAGUGUAGACCUGUGUUUCUUUAAAUAUAUAUAUAUAUAUAUAUAUAUAUAUAUAUAUAUAUAUAUAUAUAUAUAUAUAUAUAUAAAUAUGGGCAUACAUACAUAUAUGUAUAGGGCUUUUAUGAAGAUUAUACUCCCAUUGAUCUCAACAUAUUAACGACCAUUUACUACUAGAUUAAAUGCAUCACUAUCCAGAAAGCAGAGCGAUUAGUGUUUGUACUAGUCCAAUUCUCCAUAAACACCAUAAUCCCAGGCCACACCGAUUGUCUUUUUAACAGCUCUAUAUGUAUAUUUAUGUAUAAAUAUAUUUAAUAUUUAUUUAUGUAUACCAGAUGUAUACAUGCUGAUUGUGCCAUGUGCCAAAUUAAAUCAUAAAACUGGAGAAGACAUGUUGCAAAAACACAUUAUUUCUCAUCCAGGCUUCCUCUGAUUUAUUCUACUCAAUUUCAUUGCAUCAGAUUGUGUUAGUUUCUGGUCAAACUGUCAAAACAACCUGUUUAUACCGUCAAAUGCUGUUCUCCCUCCCAUACAGAACUGAGGGGAAAACAUCCUGGCAGCCAAGAUCAAAGGAAAAACAGGAAGGAAGUCAGUGGUCCAAAGACAGGAAUUUGUAUUAAAGGCACGCAUGUUUGAGUCAGAGGUUUUAACCAAUUUGAGCUCAUUGAUAGUCAAUCAUGGGGAAAACACGGCGCUAUACUGCAGAGCAAGUUACCGAAAUCAAGCUGAGCAUGGGGUUCUCAGUCAAUAACACACUUGUGCUUGUUCGCUGUAAUCAACAUCCUCCUGCUCAUCACACAAUAACUCUUGAAUGCACUUUUAUUAAAUGCCCUGUUCUAAACGUUAGUGGAUACAUUUGGCUACAAAGUGAGAGCAGACAUGUUCACAAUCUCUCCAGCAAGUCCCCACUUAUCUCCAACUGAAAUGUACAAAAACAAGUCAAAAGUCUUAAGAAUGCCAUUUAAAUGGUGGGGGGAAAAAAUAAUACUGUGAAAUUGGCCUGUGUGGACUGCAGCAAAAAAGUUGUGAGCCAUCAAAGUUUGCAGUUUGUAGUGGGUGAGAAAAUUAGUGAAAUUUCUCAGGAAGAACCUUUAACAGAAGUCGACACUUGAAAACUAGGAUCCAACCUUCUUCUAGGAGGUGACUAGUGUAGAGAUUAGAGAGCGAGAUUUACUACUCUGACUGUUUAAAUUCUUUUAAUGAGCAGAAAGUUCAUAUAAAGACCACAAUGUGAACCUUCAGCAUCAGUUCUUUUGACCAACUGAGUCAUGGCAGGUGGCCAAUUAGAAUGUAGCUCUCCUUCCGGUUCCUCGCAACAUGGGGAUUAGAUGCUUCGUCUCAUUCGAAUACCUUCAAGCAAGCAGCAGUUGGUCAGAGCAGGAAGGUCAAAUACCUCCUAGAAUCAAUAUCAUACUCUGCACGAUCGUCUUCAGAAUGGAAUAUUGCAUAUUAAAAGCAUUGGAACAGCGGGAAUCCCUGCUGAACGGAAACUAAUUGCAGAUCCUACAUUAUUCUUUACAUAUGUUUAUGUGUGAUUAGUUGGUUAAUCUUGGCUUUUAGUGCACUUUUCAGGAUCAUUUGUUUAAAAUAACCAGUAUGUCAUUUAUGCUAUAGUUAUUUUUAGGUCCCGUCUGUAAUAGCUACAUUAAGCUUCACAAAGUCUGCCAGUGUUACUCCCUGCUGCAUAGCACACUCUAUUCAUACAGCUCCCUGCUGAUCCAAUGACCUGUUUGCACACAUGAGUUAUUGCACUCCAUACAGCAACAGUGUGAGUGGGUGUAACUGGAUCUAUUUAUUUGUGGUAUAUUGUUGUAAAGAGAAUGUGGUGACACAUGGCACAUCACCAAUUUCAUCUGAAACUCUAGUUCACAGCAAGGCACACCUCGGAGCUUUUAGUUCUGCAGGAACAGCAUGUGAUAUUAAGAGAGAGCAAAAUUUGGGCAGACCAUGACCAUGAGGAAGGCAGGACUUCCCCCUCAACCCUAAGCAAUGGCAGCUUGCCUAAAGGUUUGAUCAAGAAGGGUUUGAGCGAAUUUGUUGAAGCAUCUAAUCCCCACAUUGUGAGCUGAGACUCACUGCGCUGCCCUGGAGGACUAGGCAGAACGGUGAAACUGGAUGUUUUUCUAGCAUGAUUGUUGUCAAGGCAGUUGCACUGGCAUGCACUCAAAGCUAUAUAAAAACAAUUUCUUUCUGUCUCUAACAAAACACUGUUUCAUUACAGAGCUGUUCAUUCUUACCCUCUUUUUCUUUGCAUUUUGUUUUACAUUGGCCCCUACCAUUAACGUGGAUUCUUUAAGGAUUUUGCCGUGUCUUAGCCCGAUUAAUAACCAAACACUUGGUGACUGACUGAAGUGAAGUGAUAUUUUCUACUCUACUAAUCUGUGUAGCAUCUUCUGUAAUAUGUUGAAUAGAAGCAAGACCCCAUCAUUUGUUAAAGCUUUUUUUUUUUUAAGUGUAAAAACAGUGGUCAAGAAGAGACUUAAGUUGUUCUCAUCAUCAUUAUGUUGCAAUUCUGUGCAUUUAUGUGUAAUAGACAUUUUCUUUGCAAUACACUGGUGGCAAUCCACUUAAUCAUGUAAUUCACUAUUUAUUGUCUCAGUAUCUCUUCAUCCUGUUUGUAAGCAAUGUUGAAAGAAAGAUGGCCGGGUAAAUGCCAGAAGAAUUAUGAUGAUCAGCCACUAAGAUAUAAACAGGAAAUAUGAGCUAAUGGGCCGAACUGGUGAAGUCUGGUGCAUACAAAGAGAAAUGUUAAUCAACUAUAUAAUCUUAAUAUAAUAAGUACUCAAUGCAAUGGAACAUAGAGGAGGCUAAUGCUUAUCCAACACACACACACACACAGUCCUAUUACAGUAAUACCUUCAUAUCCACUGCAGUCUUAAUGGACUUUCAAUAUUAAUACAAUGAAUUUCAACAUUUUUAUUGUGUGAAGUACUAUAGCCAGUCUGGGAAUAUCUCUAAAUCACCAUUCAUAUAAAAAAAUGUCAGAAUCUAUGAAUAGAUUUCUUAUUAUUACUAUUAUACUUUAAAAAUGGCCCCACAUGCCAACUCAAAUAUCCAGCUGCCUCACUUACUCCAAACUGUGAACUAAAAAAACUCUGAUCCCCAAUAAACCUACAGCAUAGCUUGUAUAGAUAAAGGUUUAAAAUCUCGAAUGGUUAAGGUUUAGACUCUCUGCUUUAAAAGGAAAUAACAAGGUGUUAAAUAAUAUUCAGGGGUGAAAAAAUUUCCCGAGAAAUGAAGUGCAAGUGAAAGUGUAGGUAAUGUGUCAAAAUCUUCCUCAGAUAAAAAGUGGAAGUAUUCAGCCAACAAAAUCUUUAAAAAAAAGUAAUAAUAAUAACGUUGCUAUGUGUACUCAAUGUACUUAAGUAUGAAACAGUAAAAAGUAAAAAGUUCAGUUAUUUAAAGUUGAUAGAAGAUUUUUUUUGUUGUUGUUUUUUCUGGAAAACAUCAUUCAGUUUGUGUUGAUCAUGACACUCUAGAGUUUCUAAUGAAUUAAUCUGAAGAAACAUUUAUGUAAAUAUCCAAUAUUUACAUUGAUUUAGAUGUUGACUUGCUGCCUAGCCAAGCAUACUAGCUAAUUGAAGCAAUGCUAGUUUAACCUGGCAUUAGCAGAGAAACUUACCACAACAUGUUUUUUUUAUUUAUCAAACUAACCUCUAACUAAAUCAAUGGAGGCGAAAAAGAUACCUAAUUUUAUACAAAUAUUUGCUUAAUCUAGCAGUGAUGCUGCAGGGGUGUCCAUCCAAAAGGUUUUUCUUUUCUUUAAAUGGAUAUUGUGUAGCAUGAGAAGGUCGCGACAGAUACCACACUAGCAUAAUCAGCAUGUUUUGAUCUACUUGAUUGGAUGGUAAACAUAAAGCUAUUCCAGGUCAGUAAAGUAAAGCAUCCAUAAAAUUUUUCUAGUCCAAAAAGUGGAAACUUUAAUUGGCCAUUAUGUAAGAGCCGUACUCCGUGUUGUGCUACAUGUCUUGCCGACUUAAUACUGAAACUGUGCACAUCGUUCAGACUUCAUUUUAUUAAUCUGACAAAUUAAAAUAGUCAGUAAAAGCAUAAUAAAUAGCAUAUAUCCCCAGCACACAUUCCAAUUUCAUAAUCUGUAUUCAGUGUCUUGCAGCUUCAUUAAGUUAUGCACAGUUGUGAUUGGCACACAAAAUAACUAAAUAAAAUGCAAACUAAUAAUGAUGCGGAUCAAAUGCUAUUUUAAAUGCCAAAUAAUAAGGAACUAAGAAUAAGAAUUAUUUGUUACAUGAAACUAAACUUUUUGUGACUGGUAAUAUUGGCAAUAUAUAUUAGAUAUUUAUUUUAACGUGUGCUUAUCUUCUCUUUCAUAUAUUAUCCUAUUAUUCUUUUAAAUUUUUAUUUUUGAACCGUCUCUCACUUUUAUAUUGCAUCAUAUUACAUUUAAAAGCAAAGGGGAAUAAAAUACCUGUUCAUUCAGUUUGUAUUUUCUAUACCUGGAUUUUUCAGGCUUAAAGGCAAGUGCUGUGGUCUAGGCAUUACAGAAAAGUCACUGCUACACAAGGAAACUCUAGCAAAACCUAGAAAGAAAAAAAAGUAAUUGAAGCACAUGCAGAAAACUACACUUAAUAUAAAUAAUUUCCAUAUUUUAUUGAUGUAGCUUUCGGACAUAUACUAUAUUGCCAAAAGUUUGUGGACACCUGACCAUUACACUUGUGUGUUAGUUGUUAAUCCCCCGUAGCUGCUUUAAGAACCUCCACUCUUCUGGAAGGCUUUUUAGAUUUUGGAGUAUGAUUGUGGGGAUUGGUGUUCAUUCAGCCACAAGAGCAUUAUUGGAGACAGGCAAUGAUGCUGUUAAAGUUCAGUCAGCGUUCCAGUUCAGCCCAAAGGUGUUCUUCCGCACCAGUCUCGGUAAACCAUGUCUUCAUGGAGCUUGCUUUGGGCACAGGGGUGUUGCAUUGUCAUGCUGGAACAGGUUUGGGCUUCUAGAAUUAUAAUUCCUCAGCAUCCAAGGACAUUCUAGUCAAUCGUGUGUGCUUGUAACUUUGUGGCAACAGAUUGGGAUAGGUCGACAUGUGGGUGUGGUGGUCAGAGGUCCACAAACUUUUGGCCAUAUGGUGUAACUGGGCUUAUGUUUGUGAUGAACAAAACUUGUUUACUUGUCUACUGAGGAAUUGCUAAAAUACUGAAGUGUUAUUUGUGCUGAUCGAAACUAAAUAUGAGCUAAUUCACUGACAGCUGGUUAGCCAUGCUGUUAACAAUGGCAUUAGGACAUGAAAGUAUUUCUCUAUUAAUAUAGAUUAAUCAUUCCUGACACUGUUCUAAAUGCAUAAAUAGUAAAUAAAUAAAUAAUGUUUUGUUCAGCACAGAUUAUGUGAUGGUUUAAAGAGAAGUCUGAAGGCAAAAUGUUCUUGGAACAAACAGGAUGACUGUAUUAAACGCCUGACAGAACAUCACUAAUGAAGAUAUCCAGUGUCUGAUUAUAUCUGUGGGUCAGAGACUACAGGCAUCUCUUGACUGCAAAGAUUUGGCAGACAAGUACCAAGCAUAACAAUGUUUUUCAGGAGUAUUAAGUUAAUUUGUCCAAUUAUCCCCGGAAAAGGGAGACUGUGUGUAAAAACGAUUGUGAUUUUUACAUGGCUCAUCUAUUGACAUAAAUAGUCUCCAUUUAAAGCUUCAAUUUGUUCACUUAGUCACGAUCACAUUUGAAAUAUAUUGCAUUGGACCACAUCACUACAACAACAGAAAGUGUUUAUUGUCUAAUUACUUGUGGAUUGCACUGUAUUUCACUGUAUGUGUCAGCUGUUUUCAGAAUACUUACAUAUGUUUGGAUCUCACAGGGUUUUUGUAUGGCAGAAGACCAUAUGACAAGGACUUGCACUAAGCUUGAUAAUACUAUGUGUUCAUUGUCGUCGUAAAAUGUUAAGUAUUCAUUAUUCAUUCUACAUGGGUUUCCUUGAGACUAUCCUAUUAAAUAA